AUGAAGAUGUUAGAUGCUUGGGAUAUCUUAUUGUCAAAGUUAGAAGAUUUUUCAGUUCGAGGUAUAAAGUUUUAUACACCUUCUCCAAACUUCUAUUCUAUCUUCACUGGAUAUAAAUACGAACAAGUAGAAUGGAAAGAAAAUAUUAUAGAAGCUUGGUUAGACCAUGUCAAAGAAAUUAUAUGCAAUGGAAACGAAAAGGUUUAUGAGUAUAUCUUAUGUUGGUUUGCAAAUAUCUUACAACAUCCAAGUGCUAAAAAUGAAACUGCUCUCAUUAUAAUUGGAAAACAAGGAACUGGUAAGAACACUUUCUUUACAGAUAUCUUAUGCAAACUGUUAGAGGGCUAUUCGAACCCUAAUAUGACAAACUUAGAAAACAUCUGCGGUAAAUUUAACUCUUCAAUAGAGAAUAUGAAACUUAUAGUAUGUAACGAACUUCAAAGUAUAGAUACAACAAAAGUUUUGAACUCGGAUGCUUUGAAGAGUCUUAUAACAGACAAAGUUGGAGUUGUUGAAAGAAAAUAUAAAGACCAAAGAGUUUGUGAAAAUGUUGCAAAUUUCAUUAUGGUUUCAAACAAUGCCGUUCCGAUGAAGUUAGAAAGUUCUGACAGAAGAUAUGUAGUUGUCAGAACGUCAGAUUCUCAUAUGCAAGAUACAGAAUAUUUUGACGACUUAGCAGAAACUUUGACAUCUGACUUUUACAACCACUUGUUCUCAUAUUUCAUGACAUUAGAUAUUUCAAAGUUCAAUCCAAGACAAAUUCCACAUACCGAAGAGAGACAAACAUUGUUAGAAGCAAACAAGAGUGUAUAUGAACUGUUUAUAGAUGAGACUAACUUUGAGUGUUUAGAUGAAAGGUCAUUGUACGAUUCAUAUAAACAGUAUUGUCAAGAGUAUGGUUAUAUGGCAGCGUCUAAACGAACAUUCUUGGCAAAUGUCAAAAGUCUUUUAGAUGUUCAGAACGGC